AAAUCCAACCCAGGAGUCCUGUGGAGGCUUGUUUGUAAAAUCGGAAAGAAAAGUCAGGUGUCGACAUUCGUACUGCACAGGUGAAGGUCACAGACAACUCUUAAGUGGACUUACUUUAUUCUCUUCUCCGGGAUCAAAGUUGAUAUGGAAUGGAUGACUUAAGAGGGAAUCGAAACUAUUCAGGAGGAUGUGCAGGAGACAGAGGCUUCACUGGAACAACAAUCUCUACAACGAGACUUGCAUCUUUACCUCCACGAGGCUUCAGUGCAUCAUCCAACAAGGGAAUGUCAAGUAACUCAGGGUCCACUAGCCUGGAGAAGAACAUUUUAACUCAAAUCAACGACAGUUCUCAUUUCUCCUCCUCCUCUGUGGGUGUGAGCGCAGGUGGGUUAAGCUCUGGAACAAGGGAAUAUCUGGCUGAGGGGUUGUCUGUGAGUAAGGGCAAGAAGGCAGAUGUUGCCUCUGGAGUUUCUGAGAGUUCCUCUGGAACAGACUCAGGUUCCAGGGUGAGAUCCAGCUCUGAGGGCAUGAGAAGAACGCAAGACUCUUGCAGCUCCCCUUUGUUUCUGGAGAGGAAAAACAUAACCACUCAGUCAAGACGUUAUGAUGGGAGUUCAAGUGACUCAUCUCCUGAGAUCACAAGAAAAGACUAUGGUUCAACUAGAGGAAGGAGUCAGAGCAGAGAGACAGCAAUUAGGACCAGACUGCAGAGUGCAUCUCCCUCCACUAGAUGGACAGAGCUGGAUGAUGUGAAGAAGCUGUUGAAGAGAUCACGCUCUGCCAGCAUCAGUCCCACACGAUCUUCAUCUUCCUCCCCCCUGCCUAUACCUUGCAGGUCCACAGUAGAGGCCAAGAUCUCCACCAAGCCAGUUGAGCAAUAUGACACCAUUAUUCUUGACACUGACCCAGGCUCAUACACAUGGAAGAGCUCCACUCUGCCCUCUGCAGUCUCCACUGGUAGUGCUUAUGGCAGUAAUGCUUACGGCCUGCAAAGCAACACCAACAACAUGUCAAUGGGAACUUCUAUUGUCAACAACACAUCACCAUCUUCCUUAUCAGUGUAUGGCUUCCAUAACAAUUUAUUUCCUGUUAGUGGAGUUUUAACUUCCAGUGACGUUAACACUCACACAGGUGUGUUUUCUUCAGGAUAUGGAGUGCAGAAAAAUUAUUCAUCAAGUCCAAGCAGCACUGUUGCUGUUAGUACAGGCGUGUCCACUUCAGGAGCUGGUACAAGACCCCAUAAUGAAAAUGUUGCAAAGAGAUAUCUGACGCUGGAGAAAGAGAAUAUUCCUGUGAAGAGAGAGACUGAAGAAUUUAUUCUGACCAAAGACAGUGGCAAGCAGUUUACCAACAGCGCCCACAAUGGCACAGCAGGGUCAUACUCAGAUGUGUCAUUAAAGAAAGAAGCUAUGGCAAUCAGCUACUCUGAAAGUGUCCCUGUCAAGUCAAGCUUUGGCACACAAUAUGCGUCUACAUCAGUGUCAACAAAAGAUAAAGCUACAUAUGCAGAGAUUCAUAAGUUGGAGGAUGAUGAUGACUGUAAGUGUGGAGGGGGUUUUUGGGGCUGUGGGCCUCAGUGUUGUUCCUGGUGGAAGUGGCUGCUGGGGGUUUUGCUCAGCCUCCUGUUGCUACUCGGCCUUCUCUUUGGACUCAUUGCUCUAUCUGAGGAGGUAAAGAAUCUAAAGGCUCGUGUAAGCACUCUCGAGGGCAUUUCCUCAUCCAUGCCGGCCCACACAAGUCGUCUGUAUGCUUCUGUGGAUGACGUUCAGAAAUAUAACAGUGGUACAAGUAAACUGGCAUAUGAAAAUUCACUGGGGAAUGAAAAUUUGGGGUCUGCAGUCUAUUCAGAUAAUUCUGCACUACAGAGAAAUGUACAGCAAAUCCUGAGAGCAGAGCUGCAGUCUGAAGCCAUGAAAGCCUUCCUUGCUUCUUCAGUCAAAAAUGAAAGAGGAUUGCCAGGACCCAAAGGUGAAGCUGGAUCUACAGGGCCUAAGGGAGACAGUGGUUUUCCUGGAUUGCCGGGCCCACCAGGAAUGCCAGGACAUCCAGGAAGAGAAGGAUCAAAAGGGGAAAAAGGAAGUGCAGGUGAACAUGGUGCAGAAGGACCACCAGGGUUUAGGGGGAGGGAUGGACCACCUGGGCCCCGUGGAGACCCAGGACCCCCAGGAGCUGGAGAGAAGGGUGAAAGGGGUACCCCUGGUUUUCCUGGUUCUCCUGGUUUGGUUGGUCCACCUGGGGCUAAAGGUGCUAGUGGUUUACAUGGUGAACAAGGCCCUCAAGGCUUCAGAGGUGAGCCUGGCACUGUUGGACCUAAAGGUGAUAGAGGACUUCCUGGUCAACCUGGAAUUAAAGGUGAUCAUGGUGACAAAGGAGACAAUGGGUUGCCAGGUGUUCCUGGGGCUGCAGGUCAACAGGGGCCAGCUGGUGAGAAAGGAGCUAAAGGAUCAACAGGGCCUCAAGGAACUGAUGGUGAAAAGGGCCAAAGAGGUGAACCAGGGUCAAUUGGCUUACCAGGAAUCAGAGGACCACCUGGGCCACCCGGUGAUGCUGGCCUACCAGGAACUCCAGGGAUUCAGGGACCUCCAGGUAUUCCUGGUAAUCCUGGUCCACCUGGGUCUAAAGGUGAGACUGGUGCACCUGGAAGAGUGAUCAAUGCAGCAGGCACAAGCUCAGUGGCAAUCCCUGGAGCACCCGGAAGCCCUGGUCCUCCUGGCCCACCUGGAUCUCCAGGACUCUCCGGUCCUGUUGGCCCUGCUGGACAUCCUGGUCAACCUGGUCCUAAAGGUGAUAAAGGAGAUCAAGGAGAACCGGGUAUUGUAGUGAAAACUAGUGAGACCUUGAGUUCAACACAAGCAGAAAGACAGUAUGGUUUUGCUAACGCUGCUGUUUCUGGACCACCUGGUCCUCCUGGUCCCCCAGGGCCUCCUGGACGUCCAGGAGAUUCUAGACCAGGUCCGCCAGGACCACCUGGCGAACCAGGCCCCUCAGGAUAUGGCAGACCAGGUCCAAAAGGAGACAAGGGAGAUUCAGGAAGUUUUGUGCCUAAUUCAGGAACAUUUUUUGCGGGUCCACCAGGACCUGCAGGGCCAAAAGGAGCGACAGGUGCCCAGGGUCCAAGGGGAUACCAAGGGGAACCAGGUCAGCCUGGCCUUCCAGGGAGUUCUGGUAGAGUUAUCUCUGAAUAUGGUGUGGCUCAAGGAUCUCCUGGCCCCCCGGGGCCACCUGGACCACCUGGACGAGAGGGCCGUAAAGGGGAUCCCGGCGCACCAGGUUCACCGGGAUUCCAAGGAGACUCAAGAGCUGGAUCAGUUGCAGUUGGGCCUCCAGGCAGACCUGGUCCUCCAGGCCCUCCUGGAAUUCCUGGUACUCCAGGGCAUUCCAGCGGAUCACAUUCUGCUGCGGAUUAUCGUCGCUACAUCAUGGAGUAUAUGCAGAGUGAUAGCAUGAGGCAGCAGUUAUCUUCUAUACAGGGGCCACCUGGUCCACCUGGGGCUUCAGUGUCUGUGGAGGAUGUGGCAUCUCGGGUCAUUGCUUACAUCCAGCGCUCUGGAAUCAGUGGCGGCAGUAUAAGUCAAGGUGCUCAAGGUCCACCAGGUCUUCCUGGCCCUCCUGGAAGUGUAACUGUUGACUCCAUAAUUUCCCUUUUACAGAGAGAUGAUGUGAGGCGUUAUGUGGUUGGUCCUCCAGGACCACCUGGUACACCUGGCAUUAGUGCUGGUAACUUCAACACACAGGAAGUGGCAAACUAUGUCAUCAGAUUAAUGAAUGACCAGGGGAUGACAGGUAGACCUGGACCACCAGGUGCUCCCGGCCCUCCUGGCCAGCCAGGUUCUUCCUACAGCGACAUAUCCACUCUAAUUCAGAGGUCAGGGCUUAGUGGAAGCAUUGGACGUCCAGGGCCUCCUGGUCCUCCAGGGAUACAGGGACCCCCUGGUCCCCCUGGAAGCAGUUCCUCUGUGGUCUCAGGUUACAGACUUGAGGACAUCCAGCGCUACCUGCAGAAAAGUGGUUUUAGGGGACCACCUGGCCCACCAGGACCCCAGGGUCCUCCAGGAGACACUAGGGGCCUUGUAUCAAAUGCUGGAUCUUCCCAACGAGAACAGAUCCGUACUGAGCUGCAGGAAUACUUCAACAGUGACACUAUGCAACGUUACACCCAUGGAGGUCCCCCUGGGCCUCCCGGACCCCCUGGUCAGAAAGGUGAACGUGGUGACCCGGGACACAGUUAUCAGAGUAUCGGAGGCCGAUACCACUAUGGCACUGAAAUUACUGAUCCAGUGGACUACUCCAAUGUUGCACUAAAAGUGACUGACUACAUCAAGAACCAGGGUCUACUGGAGGACCUGACAGAGGGGUACUGGAGAGGACAAGCAGGGAAAAUCCAAGGACCCCCUGGGCCUCCUGGUCCUCAAGGCCCACCCGGGUACAGCCGUGUCAUCGGUGCCUAUGGGAACGUGACUGCUGACCUUAUGGACUUCUUUAGAACACAUGGGACCAUUCAAGGGCCACCUGGCAGGCCAGGACCCAAAGGAGACAGAGGAUACCCCGGACCUAAAGGAGACAAAGGGGAAACAGGGAGCUCAGGAAUACCCGGCCUGCUGGGACAAAGAGGACCCGAGGGACCAAGGGGAGAAAAGGGUGAAAAAGGAGAUAUCCAGACUCAUAGAGGGAGAAGGAGCACUGGUGUGUAAGGGUUUAAACAGCCGCAGCAGCACACUUUUGUGGAUAUCCUGACAAUGGCAUGCAUAACAUUUACAUAUCUUUAAGAGGAUAAAUACAUAAACUUGCCUCUAUGAAGUAAUACAGGCCAGAGGCUUGUUUCGUUUCCUAUUAUAUCACAUUAUACAGUAUUUUAAUUAAACAAAUGCAUGCAAUAUUCAAUGCAAACACCAAAAAAUGAUCAGUGCUUUACUAGUGUGGAUUUAAGACAACAGUCUUAGUCUUAAUUUUGUAUCUAACAUUUGAUAUAAUGGCACUUGAAAUGUACCUUUUCACCCAGCAAUGGGCUUUAUAAUUGUUUUUAUUUUUUUUAUGAUGGUUUGAGGGUUUUUGUAUGAAUUUGACUGUUAUACGAAUCUUGUCUAUUGCGAUAUUUUGAAUCACAAACACUGAAUAAUCUGAAUGUAACCUUGAUGGCACAUCAGUCCCAACAAAGUAAAGUAUUAACAUCGAACGCCUGAGAUUUUUUAGACCAUGAGCUGCAACACUGCAAGUAUUUUUGCAUUUGAAUUGUUUAUUUGCAGUGAUGCUCUCCUGCCUUUUACUUUUAGGCAGUUAACAUGUCCUCGGUUGUGAAAUGUUAAACUCCAUAUGAAACCAUUUUCAGCAGCAUUUUGAUAAUUCUUUUACAAUUAUAAUGCAUGCAGCUUUUAUGACCUCAUGUUAGUUGAGAUGUGUUACAGAUCCACUGUUAACAAGUAAUCAGUAAAGAUCCCCUAAAUGUAUAACUAAGAAAACUUUCAAAGAAGAGCUGAGUAACCGUUAUGGUCCAUUAUUCCACAUUUAUACAUAUAUAAAAGUAUUAUUUUAUUCAAAUCAGAUACAAACCCAAACUUCACAAUUGUGUUUUUACAUGCAAACCAAUAUGCUGAUAACUACCAAAAAUCAGUUUAUUGAAGUAAACCGCAUUUGCAUGAGACUAAAAUUAUUCUAAAUUUUUGAUGUCAAAACAUUAACAGUUGCGUGCACAACAUUUGCAUACAUUGGACAAAACGGUAUUCUUUGCACCAUGAAAUCUGACUAAUGGGCAAAAAUGUACGUGCUAAUCGGGUUUUGUGACCUUUAUGUUUAUGACCUUGCCCCGAUAAAGAAAAGCGUGUGUAAAAUUGUGUAAUCUGUGUAAAAUUGUGCAUGUAAAAGCACUCAAUGUUGAGAUAUCCAAGUAGAAAAACAGAGACAAAUCAAAUCAAAUACAAUGAUAGUUUUAUUUACAGCAUUAUUACAGUUUAUCAAUCAAUUGACACAAGCUUGUAGAUACACAAUCUAACUGACCUAAAAAAAAAAAAAAAAUGCAUCAGAUAUUCCAUCAAAGUGCUGCAAGAGGUUAAUGUGUCACAGUUCAGCAGUAUGACACAGAUAUUGGCCUUCUCUCUCUUUCUAUCUUUGGAAAAGUAUCCUGGUUUGUCAUGCACCGCUUGUGCAAAUGACAACUUUUAAAACAGAGCCUUAGUAAAAUGUGUGGUUUGUUCAAAACUGUCUCUGGUAAAAUACAGCAUUUGGGAUUUUCCUCAGCAUGCAGAAAGUAUAUGAGCACAGCAUUUGUCUUGUAUGGAUACGAUACAGAAAUGUGCAUUUCUUGCGAAAAACAUGUUAUCAAAAAUAGAGCUUGAAUCAGAUGGAAAAGUCUUCAGCAAAAGUGAGAAAUGUCCAUGUGUUCCCACUGAAAUGCUUAUGCACACUUUUGCAGCUUGCACAGGUAUAUUCAAAACACUGCUCUACAUCAGACUAUCAAAUUAUAUAUAUCCUUCAAUAAAAAGAAAACUUUAGAUAAACAAUGUAACAUGCAAUUUUUUUGAUAUUACCCUUACAUUUUGGAAAAAAAGGGGGGAAAAAACAUAACCAACAAUAAAAACAUUUAACUGCAUUUAAGUCCAUAAAUAGCUUUUUAAUACCAUAUAUGAAAACUUUCAAGAAGGCAAAGACUGCCCUUAUGCUCCUUAAAAUACAUGAAAUUAUUUAGCUCAUAAAAAAAUAAACUUGGGUACUCUGGACCACAAAGUGACUUGCCAAAUGAAAAAUGACAUCAUCGUAUAUAAAUAUUAGGGCUCUAUUUCCCAUCUGACCGCGCUUUUGCGAUAGUUGCCCCUAAACUGUGGAACAGUUUACUUAUUUAUAUUAGAUCGGCAUCAACAAAACAUGAUUUUAAAACUAAGUUGAAAACAUAUUUUUUCACCUUGUCUUUUAAUCAAUCCUAGAGGUUGUGCUUUGUAUUUUCUGUAUUAUUUGUGUGUUCUAUGUGUAUUCUCUUGCUAUUUUUACCCUUUUGUAUUGUCCAGCACUUUGGUCAACAUCUGUUGUUUUAAUUUGUGCUUUAUAAAUAAAUUUGAAUUGAAUUUAA